AUGUCCAUCAACCAAACAGCUUCCUCUCAGCAAGAAGAAGAACAGUCCAAGAAAAGACUAGAACAGUCCCCAGUACAAGGCUUUGAGGAAGAACCAUCAGAGUGCGAGCAUCCUAAACACAGAAAGUUAAACCCUGAACCACCUUAUAAUAUUGAACAAAUCAUCCAGAACUCCUUGCAACACUUUUCCAAUUCCAUGAUGGAUCAGAUAGAAGGACUCACCACAAAGGUACAAGGCUUUGAAACUCGCCUUCAACAAGUAACUCAACCACAUCAAUUUAAUAAUAACAACCAUCCGUUCGACCCUAACUUCUCAGUACCAAACCAUAUGCAUGUCCCACAAUCUACAAAUAUGUUCAACAUCCCAUUCCAAAACAAGUCUGACAAUGCUCCCGUCGCCCCUCAUACCUGCAGAUGGAUCAAUAUUAACGACACUACUUACAACCUAUUUUCAAACAACCACACUACUACAAACACACCUUUCAAUGGUUUAUCAGAUGAAGCCUUAAAGUUCUACACCUCUUCAUACUUGAAAAACAAUUGGAACUUCGCCCCCGACUACCUCGCUAAACUCAACGGGCUAGAACUUGCUCAACUUCUCCAACAAAGUAUUAUAAGAAAGCUCCUUACCAUGACCCCAACUGGAACAACUCUUACCUACCUUAUUGGAAAAUACAAACAACUGCUUCAAAACACAAACAUUCCUCAUGUUAAAACCGAACCACGUCCGGAAUUAAACCUUCCAAUCCUUAACACAGUAUUAGUUUGCAGCGGCCUUACCUGCAAAGCACUCAACUGUUCAGCAAUGUCAACAGAUCUCAUUGCCCGAGCAGAAUUACUUGCGUUGGGCUUACUACUAUCAAACAGAAUAGCCAAUGCCCUUGACUGCGCAGCUGAGAAUAAUUACACAAUGGAAGACAUCUCCAGAGAAAUUAACCAACAGCUCAAUAAUACAAACGUACCUCAGACAUUGCUUCUAUUAAAUGGUGUGACAUUACCUGGGACAAACCAAUGA